AUGGAUAUAAACGAAAGUGUUAUGGUGCCGCACCUGAAUGAAACAAGUGACUUGCAAUCAUCGACAAUGGGUGGCAAGCAUCAACGUAAUUUAUCACUUUCAGCAAAAUGGGCUGGCGACAAAGCAAUGGCUAUCGAAUACCUCCGUCGACAGCGCGAGGUGAUGACAUGGAUGGAGAGUGUGUUGAAACGCAAGCUCCCGACUACAGACUUGUUUGAAGCGCUGAAGUCUGGGGUGGUGUUACGAGAAAUGAUGGAGACGCUUUUUCCCGAUGCUUCCAACUGUAUGUCGCCUAUAAGUCGGAGUUACUCAAUGCGAAUGGCACCUUGGAAAGAGCGCGAAAACAUCUCCGUGUUUCUGCGGCAGUGCAAGUCGAUCGGAAUGAACGACCUGUCGUUGUUUUGCACAGACGAUCUGUAUGAGGGUACGAACAUGGUGCAGGUGCUAUUUUGCGUCCAGCAUUUCAUGAUGUUUUCCGAGGAGCGUGUGGGUCACCAUAAUAAGCCGAUUGAAAAUAGCGAACCCGCAAUGUUUUCCAAUCAAGAACUAGAGAUGGCCAUGUCAAAGCUUGAACAGGCGGGAGUGGACGUCAAGGCAUUUCCAGGUUUGCUCUCAUCGAACACUCCAUCCGUGCAGCCAGAAAGUAUUGUAUCUCAAAACAAAGAGGAUAUGGCGCGAGCUUCUGAAGUGGUCAUUUUGUCACCAAAGGCGGAAAAAUCAAAAACUAGCAAGGAAGAGGAGCGUAUCAAAAAUGAGGAAUCUGUUGAUGGCAAGACCAGCGCUGAGAUGCCAUUAGAGGUAUGCAAUCAAAUGUCAGAAGCAACGCUGGAUAUCGAAAAUCUUGCUGACGAAGACGAUCUGAAUCCCGCACAGGAGUCUGGAAGCGAUGCUGGUGAUGUAGAGGACGACAUCCAGGCCGAGGAAGAUCCUGUGACCGAGAAGGAUCCCGAUAUGAUUGAAGUGGUUUCUGGAAAUGACAUAAAGAUGGUCGAUGAAGAGACUUUGGCAGUUAUCCACACUGUUGCUGUCACCGAGACGACUGCGAUUAUCCAGCAAGUGCUGUCAGCUUUGGUAAAUGAGAUCGAAAUGGAGCCACGAACGCAAUUAGUCUUGGAGCAAUUACACGAUAAUCCUGCUAUUGAUGCAGAGUCUAGCGAUGAGAAUAUCCAAGCUUCAGAAGGUGUAGAGAGAACAGAAGACACGAGGGAAACAGUUAGCGACGUCAACAUAGAAAUUGAAGUGACCGAACAACCCGAAAACUUUGAUGCGAACUCGUCGGAUGUUCCGGUUGAGCCACCACCAGCCGAAGAAGUUGAGAGCACACAAGGUAUGGCUGAACCAGUAGAAGAACAAGAACACAAGGAAGACGUGCCGCAACCAGUUGAAGAUGAAGAGCUUGAGGCGAAAUCAAUGUCGAAAUGCACAUGCGGCAGAUGCACAAUUAUGUAG